AUGGAGGUCACAACCUGCAGUUUGAAAACCACUGGCAUAGAGGAGGCCUCGGUGAAUGGUGGGAAAUUUGCCCUUCAAGGCACUGACCUGCUGCUGCUGCUCUACAAUCCUGUGGAUCAAAGUGGUCCAUUUACUUGUAAAAUAGGAAAGUAUUUCUUUCAUGUCCGGUUGGUGUCAUAUCAGCUUCAGUCCCUGCACCAUUCCUCAUGUCAGAAAAAAUCAAUAUCUUCUGUACAACACAACUGCAUCAAUUCCCCAACAGCGAUUCAAAACCUCAAGACACCAGAAGAUGAACUUUAUAAUUUGUACUCCCCUGAACAACAAUCUGCCAUCCUGCAAGUGCUCAACACAGCAUCUGAGAGAGAACUUUCAGCCAUUAAACUGUUGAGAGGAAAAAAGUCUGGCAAUGUAAUUCAGCAUAGGGAAAAAAAUGGACCAUUUCGGAACUUGCAGAGUUUACUGGCAGUGCCCCUCUUUCAGUAUAAAACUGUUGUUAAAGUGUGUAACUUUAUCCUCGAUCCAUCUGAGAAAGGAGAUAGAAGAGAGAGAAAAAUACAAGACACCAGAUCUUCAGUGAGGUUUAUUAAACCUGAAAUAGAGAGAGAGAGGUUGGAGACUUUAGGUAGCAUUGUGUCUGUUGUUUUUGGCACCCGUAAAAUUGCAUGGGCUCAUGUUGAUCGAAACCUAACAGUUUGUGACUGGCAACAAGAAGAGUGUGUUAGAUUCAUGAAAGGAGCCUAUAAUCCGGCAGUGUAUCUGGAAGAAAUUUCUUCAGUUGUGUCUAAGAUUCCUGAAGCUGAUCUUUAUAUUUUGGAAAAAAACGGACUUCCUGUUCAGAAUACGAAUCUCUUUCCUAUAAUAUUACAUCUUCGUACUGUGGAAGCCAUGCUGUAUGUCCUAUUACAAAAGGCAUUUAUACAAGAUGGCCAGCACAAAGUAGUAAGUAUGGCCCGAAGCACUGUAGGAAAACACUUUGGAUUAAUUGUAGGAGACUCUCGAACUAGUGGAAUGGAUCUUGUGAAGCAGUUUCUCUUGCAAUCCAUUACCCAAGAACAGCCACGAUUGUCCUUUCCCAGGAACAAGGUGGUACGUUAUAGAAACCUAUUUUCUUCAGUUACUCAAAACAGAGAUGAGGAAAUGUGUGAUUCAGUACUACAGGCUCUUGCCUUCUAUGAACUUCUAAUAUUAAAUAACACUACUUAAGCCUUUUUUACUAUUUGAGCAGAACCACAAUAAACUUCAAUCUGUUUUAAUCGAGUAUUGGCUAUUGAUUCAUUAAAUAUUGGGCUGACGAGCAGAAGCCAAGUUUACAUGCGCUGUUCACUGCUAUCAAGGCAUCUCAAACUGAUUUUUUUUGGCAAAGUAUCUUAAGACAUGUCACAUGAUGCUAUAUCAGCAGCCUUGGCAUCUCAGCCUCGAAAUGGACAGUUGCUGAUUCUCAUGGCUCUUCUACACAUUUCCUGUUUCUGUCCCUUCUGUCCCCCCCCACCCGAGAACCCAAAUGCAGAACUCCCCCCAGCUCAGAUACUCAUUUUUCCCCGGAUACCUGUUCCCCUCCUCCACAGAGCCCAGGGAUUCAGAGAAAGCGCCUGAUGCUUAGUCCCAUGCUUGCACAGUUUUCUACAUAAUACCCUCUUCUUCCCUCCUGGCAUCCUAUAAACUGCAGCUACCAGGAAUCCUCAAGCUUCCUCUCCAGCCAUGCCUUCUCCUCUGUGCAAGAAAAACAAAGAAUGAAUAGUCUAAUAGUACUUUAAGACUAAAAACAGAUGUUAUCACAAGCUUUUGUGGGCACAACCCACUUCUUCAGAUGACAUGAAAGCUCACGUUUUGUUAGUCUUUAAGGUGCUACUAGAUUAUUCGUUAAGUUUUUCCUGUUACAGAUUAAUUUGGCGACCCCUUGGAAGCUUACUCUAUGCAAUUUAGUAAUAGAGAUGUAACUGUUAGUCUAGUCUAGCUGAAACAAA